AUGUCGGGCGUGGUGGAGCCGCUGUGGAUUCGGCCGGAAUCGGCGCAAAAAGAACACAUCGAAGAGGAGAAGAUGCAGCGAUUGGAGUGCGAGGCCGCGAACAAGAUUCUGGGACAAGGAGUUGAGGUGAGCAAAGCUGUUUUGAUGCGUUUUGUUCAGUUUUUUUAGAAAAUUUGAGAUCAGUUAUAUUGCACUAGAUAAAUUGAUGAAUUUUGAAUAGAAUUUUGAGCGAAUACAAGAGUCUAUGGUAUUUUUAGGUCCGUCGGAUUGCUGGUGGAGUGGUUUCGAAGCCGGCAGUGCUCUGUGUUCAUGACGGCAAAAUUCUGACCUAUCCAAGUACAAGUUGUUUUGUCUUGCGAUCGCUCCGGGUAAAGCUCUCAACUCCCAUAAAAACCAGUAAGUUUUGGUCUGAAAAGUAUUUUGUUACAAUUUUAGACCCCUGAAGCAGGUAAAAAUUCAAAUUUCAGUGGAACUAAAUCGACUUCUCGAGGUUCGGCAAGGUUAUCAUAGUGAUGGUCUGCAUCGUGCCUCAAAGAAGCCGAAUUUCCGCAAAGACGCACCUGUAAGUCGUUGAAUUUUUGCUUGUUGAUUUACGACAUGGUAUAUUACGAUAUUUUUUACAGGAGAAACGCUGUUUUUCACUCAUCGCAAAGCACCAAAGGAAUUCCGUAAAAGCCAUCGACUUCCUUGCGGACAAUCAAAACGAACUCGAAACCUGGAUCGAUGCGUUGAAGAUUGUGCUCAAGCAUUUGGUGGAGAAUUGCGUCACAUUUGACGAGAAGAUUUGGUUGAUGAAACAUUUCCGGAAAGCCGACAUCGACAAGAAUGGCGCGUUGGCCUUCAAUGAGCUGUGGAUGCUGCUGAAACAGCUGAAUUCACAGAUGAAUGAGGUCCAUGUGAGGUGUUUGUUUAAUGUAAGUGAAGGUUAUGGUCUUAUAGUUCGUUGAAAGUUGAUUUGAAGGAUGUGGGGUACAAUUUGGGGAAACGGGAGAUUAAAUAUUGAUUUAGUGGGGCAAGUGUAAUAUAGAGGAUAGAAGAAGUCUUUAGAGAUCUUCUUCAAUGCCUUUGAUUAAAUUUAAUCAUUGGGAAUGAUCUGUAAGGGCUUGGCGUUCAAUUUUAAAGCUCAGGGGUAGAAAUUAAAAAAACAGGAGAUCAAAUAUUGAUUUAGGUGGGCAUCUUUAAUAUCUAAAAUAAAGUCGAUCUUAAUGAGGUUGCUAUUAGCUGAAAAUCGAAGGUUAGGAGUUUCAAAUAGUCAAGGUUUAAUGUGUGUGACUCCUGGGUAAAGUUUGAACAAACGCGGUCCAACGUUGAUGUCAACAGGGCAAGUGCAAUAUCAAUCAAAAUAGCAUGCAGAAGGCUGAUAUUUUCCAGUCUAAAUGUGGAGUUAGGUUCUGUAAGGGCUCUAGAUUGAAGCUAUAAGACAUGCGACAUCUAUUUGUUUUGGUUCGAUGUCUUUUUGUAAAUCUUUGGUAAGGUGGACACCAGGCAAAAUUUUGAUGACACAACCCUAAAUUUAGAGUCAAAUUUAGUUUCCUCUGGACCCUUUAAUGCCUUUUCUAUAAAAUAAACCAGUUUAUUACAGUGGUGGACCUGAUCCAAUGACAAAAAACGUACCAUUUUGCAUCCGGGAAGUAUCAAAAAUGUGACAAAAUGCUUCCCUCUCCAGGUGAAAACACUCCGAUUUCAAAAGCGCGCCCGCUCUUUUUGUGAGAGAAAUUUGAAGGCGCUCUUCAAAACGAAGUUUUUUCGCUUGGAGAAGGAAGCAUUUUGCCACAUUUUUGAUGCUUCCCGGAUCUAAAAUGGUAUGUCUUUUGCCACUGGAUCGGGUCCGUCACUGUAUGUCUCGACCUGUAAUCCCAUGCCCCAUAUAAGUAUCUUCCUUGUUGUAAGUAUUGCUCUGCCUGUCUUUCACACGCAAGAUCACGUCAUUAUUCUACAAUUUCCUUUCAGAAAAUCCUCGAAAAACACAACAAAUCGAAGGCUCAAUUGGAGUUGAAUGAGUUUCUGGAGCUCUUCCGAUUACUCACCACUUCCGAAGAGCUGAAACACGCCUUGAGGGAGAAUUCGGAGAAAUCCGAGGAAUUCAUGGACUCCAGAGACUUGUGUAAAUUCCUCCGUGACGUGCAAGGAUUCGAAGAUGUGGAUUGGCAGACCGCAACAGACCUCAUAAAACAGAUGGAAAUCCAUUCAAAAAAUCCCAAUCGCAAUAGUCCGGUGAAAAUGAAUGGUCAAUUAGUCCUUACGGCGAAUGGUAAGAGCUUUUUACUGCAUUUUCGACCUUUAAAUUUGCUAAAAAUUGACUUAAACAGAGUUUUUUUUGAGAAUUUUGCCUAGUACAAUAUAAAAAUUUUCGAUUUUCAUUAUAUUUUUUGUAUUUUAGGGUUUCGCCGACUCCUUCAAAGCAAAUAUGGCUCGAUUUACAAGCCGAAUCAUCAGCAUAUAUAUCAGGAUAUGACUCAACCGUUGUGCAAUUACUAUAUUUAUAGUAGUCAUAACACCUACCUAACCGGCCUUCAAUUGAGUGGUCGAGCGACGGUUGAAGGGUACAUUUCGGCGUUGAAGGCUGGUGCAAGACUCUUGGAAUGUGAGUUUUGAGAAUUUUCGGUAGUUUUUUUGGGUUGGGUUACUUUUUUGACUAGUGCAAUAUAUUAGCAAGUGUAAGGUAAAUUUUGCUAAAAUUACUGUUGAUUUUAAGAUAGAAAAGGUUAUUGAAGCGUUGUAACGGAUAUUUUCGUCUUUUGGGAUCUUUGAAAUAGGAAUUUUGAACUUUUUUUGGCGUUUUUAUAUCAGCAUGGGUAGUAUAAUAUAAACUUGGUCAUAAUUUUUAGUUUGUCAUGCGUAAGCUUGGUCGUAUAGCUUUGUUAGACCCCAGACUGCUUAUUUUAUUGAGUGAAAGCGAAUUUACGAUAAUUUUUGGGGUCUAGACGUACCGAACUACCUAGUUUAAUAUAAGUUUUAUCUACAGUGGCAGACCUGAUCCAGGGGCAAAAAAACGUACCAUUUUGCAUCCGGGAAGUAUCGAAAAAUGUAUCAAAAUACCUCCCUCUCCAAGGGAAAAAACUCCGAUUUCAAAAGCGCGUCCGCUUUUUUUGUGAGGGAAAGGCCCUUCAAACGGAGUUUUUUAGUUGGAAAGGGAGGCAUUUUGCUACAUUUUUUGAUACUUUCCGGAUGCAAAAUGGUACGUUUUUUGCCACUAGAUGAGGUCUGCCACAGUAGAUAAAAAUUAUAUUAAACUAGGUAAUUCUUUACAUCUAACCCAAAAAUUAUCGUAAAUUCCUUUUCACUCAAUAAAAUGAGCAAUCUAUGAUCUAAAAAAGCUAUACGGCCGAGCUUACGCAAGACAAACGAAAAAUUAUGAGAAAAUUUAUAUUACACUACCUAUGCUGAUAUAAAAACCCCCAAAAAAAGUUUAAAAUUCCUAUUUCAAAGAUCGCAAAAGCCGAAAAUAUCCGUUACAACGCUUUAAUAACCUUUUCUAACUUUAAAUCAACACUAAUUUUAGCAAAGUUUACCUUACACUUGCCAAUAUUGCACUAGUGAAAAAAGUAACCCAAACCAAAAAAACUCAUGAAAAACUAAAAAAGUCACUGUAAUUUUCCAAAUUUCAGUGGACAUUUUUGAUGGUGAAGAUGGAGAACCCAAAAUCACUCACAAACGAACCCUCAUCACCGCCAUUGGAUUGCGCAACGCCCUCACUUACAUCAAACGUUACGCAUUUGAGAAGUCGCCCUACCCGAUUAUACUAACCCUGGAGAAUCAUGUGUCAUACGACCAACAAAAGACCAUGGCCCAAAUUUUUGAGGAAAUCCUAGCCGAUAUGCUCUACAUCCCAACCCCCGAGACCGUCGACGGCCCGAUCCCAUCGCCAGAACAACUGAAAUUUAAGAUUUUGUUGAGAGGAAAAGUGACUCAAGGCAUUUUCGAGGCGGAUGAUGAGGACAGCAAUGAAGAUGAGAAGAAAAAACUGGAAGCGAAGAGCAGCGGAGUGAAAGAGACCCAUCCCGCAAUGAAUCGGAUCAUCGCAUUGCCAACUGUGCCGCUGAAGAAACACUUUGUGGAGAAUAUUAUUCAUGACCGUAAGUAAAAAUUUGGUUGUUGUGAGUGAAAAUGAAGAAUAUUUGGGAGUAAGAGGGAUGAUAUAGGAACUAGAGAGUUGUCUGAGCUUGUAUGGGGAUGGUAACGUCUGGGAAGAAAGAAUUUUUACAAUUUUUUGGAGUUUGUAAACUAUGUUACACUAGGCAAAUUUUAGUCAAAAAAGUUUAAAAAAUAGUGUUAGUUCUACAUUUCAGCGGUAGAUAAAGGUAGUAUGGGCCAAGAUAGGUCAUAUAUAGAGGUUAGAAUAAAGAAUCUGGUGAAAUUUUUGUAUUAAUUUAUAUUGCACUAGGUACUUUUAAUGAAAAACAUUCAAAAAUAAGAUGAUUUUCGGCUUUUUGUGGCGGAACAAAGUAGUAUAUGUCAAGAAUUACUGUUUUAUGGUACGGUGGAUGAAAAAAUUGACAAAAUUUGAGGUCAAUGAUAUUAUACUUGAUAUUAAAUUUGAUCACCCGGUUGCAAAAGUUUAGCCGAUUUUUUUGUAUAAUUUUUUAGUUAACGAUCCUAGAUGACAAUUAGAAGAUUUUGAACGAUCUUUUGAGUAUUUUUUAUAAUCCAAAAAAUUUUUAGACGCCUCUCAUUCCUCGGCGUCUCUCGGUGAAUCCGUCGUUGAUUGGUUCGCCACUCAGAGCUCACUCAUCCACAAAUACACUCAAAAACACAUGGUAAAGAGCUAUCCGCAUGGUAUUCGACAGGACUCUUCCAAUAUGCACCCGUUAAACUCGUGGCUUUGUGGAGUCCAAUGUGUUGCGAUGAAUCUGCAGACAGAAGGAGAAGAAACCGACCUCAACGUCGGUCUUUUCACUGUAAAUGGAAUGUGCGGCUACUACCUGAAGCCGGAGAUUCUUAGACUCGGUUUGAACCCCAUUGAAGUGGGCAGAACGACAGAGAAAUGGAUGAGAAUGCGGAUCAAGGUGAUCAGCGGACAAUAUUUGCCCAAUGCAGAUCCAUCCGAUGAUAUCAUUGAUCCGUAUGUGUGCCUACAGGUGAUUGGAAUCCCUGCAGACACGAACAAGUGCAGAACGAAAGCUUUGAGAGACAAUGGUAAGGAGAUUUUCAAAAAUUUUGGGAUUAUUCGGGGAAAAUGUGGGUUUUUGAAGGAAAAUCUAAAAAAUAGGUAAUUGUGACGCCGUUUUAUUAUUUGAAAUUGAUGUUGAUUGGUGUAAAAUGGCUUGAACUUUAAUGAUGCAGAUUUUGAGAAAUUUUGGAUUUGUAAAUUACGAGUUAUAGGCCUUUUUUUGGUCGAAAAAUUGGAUUUUUUACGGAUUUUGGGGGAAUUUUUGAUUUUCAAGAUUUUUUAACGAGGGUUUGGUAUUCAAAAUGAAGUUAGAUAGUAGCUGAAGUAGUAACACUCCCAUUUCAGGCUUCAAUCCUGUCUGGAACGAGGAAUUUUCCUUCCAAAUCACCUCGCCCGACGUCGCUUUCCUCCGAUUUGUGGUCAUGGACUUUGACACCACCUCGGCGGACGACUUUGUCGGCGAAUUCACAAUCCCCGUGACGAGCAUCCGGCCCGGCUACUCGUUUGUCCGCCUCCGCACCUUCCAACGCUCCCCCGACGAAGCGGCCAGCCUUUUCGUUCAUAUCGACAUCUCCGAUGAAUACUAA